AUGUCGUGGCAAACUUACGUUGAUGAGCACUUGAUGUGCGAAAUCGAGAACGGCAAUCAUUUGACCGCCGCCGCUAUCAUCGGUCUCGACGGAAGUUUUAAGCCCGAAGAGAUCACCGCGAUCAUGAAAGAUUUUGAUGAGCCUGGCUCUCUGGCACCAACUGGGCUGCACCUUGGUGGCGCUAAGUACAUGGUGAUCCAGGGAGAACCAAGAGCUGUGGUUCGUGGGAAGAAGGGCACGGAGGGCGUGACCGUGAAGAAGACUGGGCAAGCGUUGAUUUUCGACAUAUAUGAAGAACCGGUGACUCCCGGACAGUGCAACAUGGUGGCUGAGGGGUUGGGUGACUAUCUUGUUGAUCAGGGUAUGUAG